CCUUUUCUUUUCUUGUUUGCAUAUACACAGAGCACUCUCUUUCUCUUUCUCUUUUUUUCUCUUUCUUUCCAAAGCAACCCCUCUUUCUUCCUCUUUCUCUGUUUCAUACAUGGCAUAAUGGAACGGUUUCUCAACCCUGUUAAACAGACCUACGAAUCUGCGAGUCUUUCCACCCUCAUUUUCCUUGAGCUCUUUUUAUUCGCCGUAUGUUUACACUGGUGUUUACCGCAGCGCCACCGCCAAGCCCGAACGAUCAAGCUCGCUACGUCUACUGACCACGUUUGGACCAUCUUGUUGGACAUUCAUCGAUACCCACUAUGGCGCUCACACGUUGUCAGUGUCCAGCCUCUACUCGGCAGCCAACACUUGGAGCACGUAGCCCGAACACGACAGCAUUUGGAACACAAACAGCAAAACUAUCAUCAAGAACAAACAAAUCCAGCUUUAUUUUACAAGACACGCGUUCGUGCCAUCGACAUGAACCGGGUCAACGAUAGCACCUUGAUUCGUAUUGAUCGAGCCACGCGUAUUUCGUCAUGUACUCCUCCUCCUUCUCCGCCUCCUGAAGAGGCUUGUACGAAUAUCAGCGAUGGAAAACAAGUACCGACACUUCAGCAACAACAACAGCAACAACUGAAAUUUCCAAAAUCAUCCUUUGAACGUGAAUGGGAAAUCCAUGUGCGUCCGUCCGAUGAUGGUUAUACGCUGUUGACGCUGGUCGAAACGGUUCGAAGUGAAGGAUAUUUGGCUCGAUGGCUGGGACCGAUCUUUGGUGGAUUCCAUCGCGUGUCGCAGCGGUUCUUGUUGGAUUUGGUACGGGAAGUGGAUCGGCAGCAGAAACAGCGAGUGCUCCAUAAUCAAACCCUUUGCGAAUCACCCGUAUCAUUACAACAUAGUCAUCAGAAACGGCAUGUCUUGAAUGAAGUGUACAGUACUGUAACAGUAUAGCAAUAACAAUAUCACCUAUCAGCAUCAUCAUCAUUGUCAGCAACAACUGCUCUAAAUACCAUUACCCCACUCUUCUUCCUUCAAUACUAACAUAUCCUCAUACCCAAGUCUCUCAUCAUUGGUCCACAUCCAUUCAAGCAAACAAGAUAUACAUAUUACACAUAAUAUCAGAAAUGCAGGAAAUAAGUAAAUUAUCAUGUAUUCAAAAUGUGUACAUCAUCAUCCUGCACAAACAACUAUUUACAUAAAAAGAG